GUGAAUUUUCCGUUUUCACUUCCUAUCGGUUGGUUUUAUUCCUUCGAAGCGGAAAACACAUUGAAAGUGAGCGUAAUAUCGAAAUAAAUACCGGUGAGUAACAAAGCUUAACUAUAUCUGAUAACUCACGGCCCGAAUGUGCUGUACUAUUGUCGGAGUUUUUGCUAUUUUACUCUUCGACGUCAGCAAUGCGGCUGUUUGCAGGGAAUGCUAGUCACUAGCUAGUACAACGGCGUAAUCGCCCACGUAUAUACUUGCAUUUCUUUACGAUGCACAGUAUUAAUUGAUUUAAUUGGAAAGUAAAUCAUUAAGUCGUAUACAAUGACCCAUUUAGUCAUUUUGAUAUCCGUUAUGAAAUGUAGAGUUGUAUGUACGAGGGGACGCUCCUCUGUUAGACGAACAGAGCCAGUUGGUGACAUGAACAGAACUCUAAAUAAAGUUUAGUUCCUGGCAAGAGUGAGCCCACAAUCUAUAAAACCUAUAUAUAAAUAUAGGUAUAAACCUAUUUUAGCUGGUUAAGUGAAACAAAAUUAAGUGUGACGGUCCAGCAGAACCUAGCUUCACCUGAACCUGUCCGGUUUUGAUCACUCGCUGCCAGUAAAGCUUUUGUCCAGUGUAUUACCUAAAGCCGUUGGAAAAAUUAGCUAAACGUUUAUUUAUUCUUUUGGUCCAAAACUGUGGUUUUGAUGAAUUUACCGGAUAAGGUUCAUGUAAAAACUUCUAUAUUAAAUUCUGCAACAACACACUCACAUCCAUUACUAGUGCGCACACAAAUGUGUCUCUUGCUCUCCCUGUUGAGUGGUUUGGUUCUGCUGGUCACAAAACUGUGUGUUAACUGGAUUAACAUUUUCUGAAAUUAAUGGAACUACUCCUACUUUGUUUUAAUGUCAAAGCAUUACAAAAGUCAGUCUUCUGCUGCAGCUUUUGUGAGACCUGGUCUGGUUCACUUCCUGUGAUGACUGCAAUCAGUUCAGUACAAAAUCUACACGAUUUUGUCAUUAACAUAGGUUUUGGAUACUAAUGAGUAAGGGUUUUUUUUAUAAUUGUGCUGAUCUUACUUCCUUUGUACUACUAGUGAAGACGACGCAUCGAACGACCCAAAGAAGUGCAGACAAACACAACUCUACAAUCAAAAGGCUGCAUCUGUCUGCCCGCCCUUUUAAAAUUAAUUUUUUCCCCUUUUUUUUAACUUUACAGCUUUGCGUUGAUGUUUUGAUCUUUGCGUCCUCAUUCCAUUUUUGGGCCCCAGUUGAGCCUCUUAUGAAGAGGCCUCGAGGGGAGCCUGAACCCAAGUCUACAAGUUCUUGUCACGUUUACAUAGUUAAUUUUUAAUUAUGGCUAUUAAACUGGGAUCCUAACAAACAGCUCCUCUAAAUUAUUAGUUCCAACAAAUAUCCUGGUUUUCUUUCUCUUAACACCAUGUCUCAUCCUCAAUAUAAUCCCUAUCUCCCUGGUAACAAAAACUCCACCCAGAGGCCCUUUGGUAACCCCAGUUUACAAGAUACUGGCAUGGCAACUUCACACACUGUAUCCAAGCUUGGCUUCAGUUCCUCUGGACCUUCUACAGUGACUACACCCAACGCUGAAGGAAGAGUCCCGCCACAGAUGUCACAGGUUGUCACCUAUGGUUCUGAACAAAGUCAGCCCAGUGCUGACAAAAACACAGAGCGAUCCAUGGACAUUCCCCCUAACAGACCUAGGGAGAAUGCAAGGUUCCCACACAAUCUAGAUUAUCAGUCCUUUGGCUAUAGCGGCCCCUUUAACAGAACUCAGAAGGAUGAGUACCUGACCUCGGGCACAGGUACAAGUUCCUCAGUGUCCUCUAAAGUUGAAAGUAAUAGUAACUCUUUGGACUGGUUGUUGAGCCUUAAAAAGGCACCUGUGUCAACCAACUAUGCAGGCAGUGGUGACCACAGGUUUAACUCACCCAGUCAAAAAGACCACGAUGUCAUUUCCAUUCCAGGUUUAGGAGACAUUGAGUAUGAACCUUCUCACAAAGGUCCUGUUGCCGCUGAGACAAGUACUCCUAAGUACUCCCCCGAAUCUGCAGGCAACAUUCUCAUGCGCUUUGGGCUUGAAAAAGAGGACUUUGAAUAUCUUGUAUCCUUCCCUGAAGACCAGAUGACACCUUCUAACCUGCCGUACAUCUUGCACCAAAUCAGCAUAGAGAAGGCUAAGAGAGCCACGGUCGCAGUUGAGUCUAAAUCCUACUCUGAAUCACAACCUAUAGGAGGUCCAAGAAGACCUGACAGUUUAGGUAGUUCUGCAGGUCCCUCAGCUGUUCUCCAGCCAAAGGUGAUUGAUUAUGGACACACCAGCAAAUAUGUCAGUGAGGUUGUUGAGGGGCUUGGGAGAUCCGGUCACAGAGGGGCUGUUAGCAGUGAGAUAGGUACAUCGUUGGAGUCCUACGAAAGAAGCAGCCAACAACAACAACCUCUGCCAAAAGAUUUGCCACAUUUCUUAAGCAGUUCCCCGGGCUCUUCUCAGAGUGAAGUCAGUCCUUUUCCAGGUUCCACUCCCUCAUAUGGUUCAUACAGGAGUGAUCUAAUAAAGAAAAUGCAACACCAACCAAAUCAGACCCACCAACAGCACCUGGAAACGUUUGUUCUUCCAAAAACAGACACAGACAGAAGAACCUUUUCUAAGCCUUUUCCUUACACAGAAUCAGCCGAUCGCCAGUACACUUCAGAGAACAAACCUUCUUAUACUGAGUUCCGCAGUAGUCAUGGUCUUGCGGUCGCCGGCCACGUUGACGAUACCAGGAAUAAGCAGAACUACGUGAGACAAUUUAGCCAACAGAACUUGGGGCAGGUGCAGCAGAGGCAACAAAACCAGCAGAGGCUGCCGCAGCAGAACCAGCAGGUAGAAGUCCAGAAGAACCCAAUGAGGGCACUGAAUCAGCAAGGACAGAUGCUACAGAAUCAGCAGAGUCAGCAGAACUUGGGGCAGAUGCAGCAGAGGCAACAGAACCAACAGAGGCUGCCACAUCAGAACCAGCAGGUAGAGGUCCAGAAGAACCCAAUGAGGGCACCGAAUCAGCAAGGACAGAUGCUACAGAAUCAGCAGGUGCAGCAGAGGCAACAAAACCAACCACGGCUGCCACAGCAGAACCAACAGGAAGGCAUCCAGAAAAAUCAGCCGAGGUUGCAGAAUCAGCAAGGACAGAUGCUGCAGAAUCAGCAGAAGCAUCCAGCACCACAAGUUAAAAAAGAGCCACCCCCACUUUCUUCUACGAAGCAACCGUCACCUGUUGCACCGCUUGUCCCUGACGCUGUGAGUACUAGGCCAUCUGUUGGGUUUAGAGUCGGAGUUCCGUCAUCAAAGCCAGUCCUGUUCCAGGUCAAUGCUCUCGAGUCUCCGGCAGCUCCGGUCAAGCAGGCUGUGUCUACGUUGCCAGUCUCCAAGGGUCUACCAACGCUGGUCAUGAUGCUCGACUAUGCAGCAUCCACACCGAACAACUUUCCACAUACCUGUUCUCUUUGUUCCAAAGAAUUUCGUGAUAUGAGGGGCUGGAUCUCCCACCAGAACAACAACCUCCACCUUACAAACUGCAGACUCCUGCGCACAAACUACCCUUACUGGGACGGGAAAAUCGUCUCUGAGCCAAGUGCUGCAGAGAAACAUUUCAAGCACUCAUCCUCUACUUCUGGGCAAAAAUCCCAUCAGCAUCCCAAGAGAACCAGAAAUGACAGUCGUUCCCGCUCACGUAGUCCUCGUCUUAGUGCUGCAGAGAAAAAUCCCAAGGGCUCCUCCUCCACUUCUGGGCAAAAGUCCCAACAGCACCACAGGAAAAAUAGGGAUGACAGUCGUUCCCGCUCACGUAGUCCGCGUAGAAGAAGGAGACGCAGCCAUUCCAAAUCUCCACGUAGCUCAAGAUACACUCGCAGAUCACGUUCAAGGAGCCAAGAGAGACACAAAAAGAGGGAUGAGAGGCAAUCUGCUUCACGAAGGUCUGACAACAAAAAGACCUCAUCAACCAGGUCUGAUGACAGUAGGUCUUCCCCUAAAAAGUCAGAUAAGAAAAUGUCUUCUCCAAGACGAAGCAGAGAAAGAAGGCAGUCAUCUGAUGGAUCUGCUCAACCAACACAGGCCAGCGGUGCAGAGAAACUGGUGAAGAAACUACUCCAAACAACAGCCGCUCACUCUGAGGAGCCCAACCUGGAAGCCAUGGUGAAAACUCUUGCUCCUGCUUUACUUGUUGAGCUCAGCAAGAUGAAGUCUUCUUCAUCAUCGUCAUCAACAACAACAAGGAAGGAGAAGACCUCAAUUUCAACCAAGUCGGACAAACCUGAACCGGCUACCAUGGUGAAGCUGAUUGGCAUUCCUUUUUCUUUGGCUCACAGUGACUUGUUCAAUGCCAUGGAGAAGUUUGGAAAAACAACAGCAGUGGUCAUAUAUCGCUCCAGACUUGAGGCCACAGUUCGUUUUGAGAAGGUGGAAGAUGCUGAGAAAGUUAAAAGUCAGAAGAACGUCAUGGUGAAUGGAGUAGAAGUGACUGUGGAGAAGAAGGACUCUGAAAGAGAGAAGAAAAUGCCUGAGAAUAAACCUGCUGCUGUCAGUGCAUCAAGUUCUCAGAGGUCUGAAUCCAGCCGCCAAUCAACUGUUGAAACAACUGCACCCGAGAAUAAAUCACAGGCCUGUUCUGCAAAACAGACCACUGCUGAAAAUGCCAACAAUGUUGAUAAGUUGGAUGAUUCAACAAAGCAAACCCAGGAAACUAAGAAAUCUGUAAGGGAAACCACAGGUGAUGAGAAGUUGACAAAAACAACUGAUGCUGAGUUUACAACAGCAAAUGUCAAAGAAGAAAAAUCUGAAGUAACCCUAUCCACCACCUCAGACACUCCCUUUGACCCUGAAACGUCUGACCUCAGUGUUCAACAAGAGUCAGUGUUAGUUACCGUCAAGGUGAAGUCAGAAAGUGAGCCAGAGUCUGCCACAGAGCAGGAAAAGAGUCCUGCUUCCCCACUGAAGCUCGGCUCACCAUCAGCUGAGGUUUCUCCUGAAACUGUGAAGUCAGAGGUGAAACCAGAAACCUUCACCGAGAUAAACCCACCUGCUGAGACUCAGACAUUAGACCUGGACCAGGUCCAGGAUCCCCUGGCUAAAGAUAUCAAGGCCAGCACAAAGAUUUCAAAUGAGAGUGAAAUUGAUGAAAAUGACCAGACCUCACCAUCAGAUGUUCCAACAGAACCCAAGAUGGAUUACAAGAACCAACUGGUCAGCUGUGAACCCCUUCAACUGGAAUGUGAGAACGUGAUUCAGAGUGAAAGCUUAGAAAAGUCCCCAGUGUUGGACAGUUUAGAGAAAAUCAACAGCUGCGCUGAGGAUCAGACUAAGGACAACCUGGAAGUUUCUUCUCAGGUGCUCAAUGAAGGUGGUGGUUCCACACCUGAGAAACAGUCAUUGGAAAAUUCAACCAAAAAAUCAGAUGAAAAACAGGAAGAUACAGUACUUGACAGUACUUUGCCUGUAUCAAGUACUAGUGUUGAACAAGAUUUUGUCAACCAAGAAGAGCAGAAAGUGAUGCUUCUAAGCAAAACACCAGAGGUCCCCAAAGAACUCAAUAAACCGGUAGACUACGUCUCAGAAGACAACACAGAAGACCAAGACAUUGAUACAAUGGAUCUGGACUCCUUUCAGAUACUGGACUCCAUCGACUCAACAGAAGAUGACAAUGACGAGCAAUCAGAAGUGAAGCCUUCAGACAAAGAAGAAGAUAUGUAUCGCAUUGUUGAUUGUCUGGAGGAUCAGUCAACAAGUCAAAAAGAGCCUGAAGCCAACAAACAAACCAGUGAUGUCACAAACAAACAAGUAACAAAAGUUUGGUCAUCUCCAAGGACCAGAUCAUAUAGAAAAAAAGGCGAGUCAAUCAAGGAGGACGACAAGGCGGCGACAGAAAACAAGAUCCAAACAAAACCAUCUGUUGAAGGACCUGUUGAGUCCACUUCAGAGAGAUCUGUCAGAAGGACACGAGGAAAGAAAGAGGAUAUCCACAAAGCUUCAGCAAAGACUUCUGUUGAUGAGCCAUUCUCAUAUAAAAUCUUGGACUCUGUGGGAGACGAGCCGGAAGAACCAAUGGUUAUGACAAGAUCCACGAGAGAACGUAGAGGAAGAACAACAACUAAUGACACUGCAGUCGAGAAAACAAAAAAAGAAACUACAGGGACAAGACGGAGGCGCACUCCUGUUAGAGAACAACAAAAGAAGGAGGAGAAGACAUCUAAAAGGAGCGACAUAACUGAAAAGGAGACAAAAGAGGUAGGAGAAGAAGGUGCUACCCGUGGGAUACUAGGUUCUGAGGAGAAUCAGGUUGGGAAGAAAGACCAGCCAACAACCAGAGGCAGAAGAGGAAGGUCAAGAAGAGAUGAAAAAUCGAUAACAAAAGAAACGGAAACCCAGAAGAUAGAUGCUUCAGAAGUACUGGCUGUGGAAGAGAAGGAGCAGGAGGAGGAGCCUUUAUAUCAAAUUUUAGAUUCCGUUGAAGACGAUCAGGUCCAGGAGGAGUUGACGAGUACAGAGGGGUCCACGGGGGAGACCAAUAAAACAGGUGAAACUAAAGAUGUUUUUUCAGAAAAAGGAACUCUGUUGGGAAGAACUGCAGCAGAAGAAUCUGAAGGAACAGAAAUGGAUGAUCAACCUUACAAAAUAGAACACAAGAGUGGAACAAAGACCAAAGCAGAAGGUGAUAACAAGCACACUAUGUGUGAAGUGUCCAAAGAAACAGACAAAGCCUGUCCAAAAGAAGACACACCAGAGGGCUGCACCUCUGAAGACACAGUAAAGGACUUUGAAGAAGAAAAGGAUUCUUCAUCUGCUGCAGAAGAUUCACUCCUGAAGAACCAAGCAUCAGUCGAUACUGAAGGGGGUGCCAUCGAGUGUUCUUCUAACGCAGCUGCUCAGAAGCAGGAGAUGCAGCUCUGUAAGGAGGAAGACGGCCACCCCAGGAAAAGGCAGAAAGUGGAGCUGGCGGAGGUUGAAGAUGACAACACUGCAGGUGAAGUGGCAGGUUUGACCGACCAGGUCACAGCUGGAGAGGUGCAGGACCUCCUCACUCUGGAAGCUACAGGCCCUAACCACAGAGGAAAUAUGGAGCAAAGCCCAGAGGAGUCGCAGGAAUCAGAGUUAUCUGUGAAUGUGAAGACUCUGACUCAGGUCUCAAAAUCUGAACUGGACGUGUCCUCAGAGGAGAACCAUACGUCUGCGACUGUAGAUGAGGCAGGAGGAGCUACAGAGGAGGGGAAAACCUCUGAACCUCCAACCGAGACGAACAGUGGAUCUCUCGGUCAUGGUCAAAAGACCAGUGCUGAGGAGCAGGGAGAAGAACAGGAACCAGGCUUUAAAGAACCUGCAUCACCUGUUGCACCACAAAACAUGUUUGAGGUAACAGCAGAACUCGGGCAGCAAAUCCUGGAGGAAUGGAUUGAAGCUGCUGCGGAAGACCUGAAGCCUGAGGACCAGAACCUGGAAGAGUUCGAGGCCAAGCAAGUUAAAAGGAAGUCAGAGUUUGACGGACUUGAAGCCAAAAAACCUCGUUCUGAGUCUCACUGUACCUCUGCUGACACGAAACUGCCAGCAUUUACUCCCAACAACCCAACAGGCCUGGAGUUUGUGGUCCCCAAAUCUGGUUUCUUCUGUAACCUCUGCCGUAUUUUCUACCUGAGUGAGAGGACAGCCAAGGAGAUGCACUGCAGCAGCAAGAAGCACUACGACAACCUCCAGAAAUAUUACGAGACAUUUCAUCUCAAAGCACCAGAAAGUUCGAAAGCCAACCUGCAGUGACUGAUCUAUCAAACUUCAUCAUCUGAGUUGGACCAGGGCCGGUUUAUAAAAAAAUGUAAUAUUAUAAUAAUGUUCUAUUAUUGUCAUUCUACUGUAUGUUUCCUGUUUUAAGAAUAAAAAUGAUGCUUCCACUUGGA